AUGGCUGAGCUCGGGGCGGCGAUUCCGGGUGAAGGUGGUGUUCAACCGUACCUUCAGUACAUCUACGGCGAGGCCUUUGGAUUCCUUGCCGCGUGGAUAUGGGUCAUUGCGGUAGUGCCGGCCUCAUUGGCAAUUUUAAAUAUUGUGUUCGUGGAAAGUAUCUACUCUGCGACCGGGGUAACCGAUCAACCCGACAGGUUGGCACAUGCGCUUCUAGCCUCUCAGGUGUUGCUCGUCAUUAGCAUGGCAAUCUCGGUCAGUACCCAGUUUAGUACGCGGGUGAAUACAUUCUUUCUCACCACAAAGUUCGCUGCGAUCGCAGUCACUGUGGUUGCGGGACUGGGGGUCGUCUACUAUCACCUUGCUGGCUGGGAUAGAGACAAUGCACGCGAGCCACAGGACUGGUUGACGAGAGCCUGGUUUGUUGCACGCAACACCGUUGGCUUAGAUGGGAGGGAGAUAGAGUGGCAGAAGUUACAUGGGUGGGAACCUCUCGGUCAUUAUUCCGCCGCACUAAAUGGUGUACUGUCGGCAUACUCUGGAUGGGAUAAGGCAAUCUAUGUCCGUGCCGAACUUUCUGCUCCGGCCCGUCAGUUGCCUUUAGCCAUCAAUACCGCCGUUCCCAUCAUCGUCCUCAGUUUCAUCGCACUGAAUAUUGCCUAUUACAUCCUGCUACCUUGGAGAGUAGUGUCCAAAACUGAUAGUGUAGCAGUGACUUCGUUCAGCCACCUACUCGGACCUACAUUUGGUGCCAUCGCGGCGGGCCUCAUCUCCCUGGUGGAGGCAGGAUCCUUGCUGGGAAGUUCGUUCGUCGCCGGUCGCAUCGUGGUUGUUGCAGCCAAUUCCAACAGGUUGCCCGCCUUCCUGGCCCGCGUGGGCUCCGUUUCAGGACAAUCGACAUCGACAGCAGAUGCCCCGAUCAAUGCGAUUCUCUUCUCUACCGCUUGUUCCAUUGUGUAUAUUUCCUUCGGGAACUCUCGGGUCUUGGCGACCUUCAGUAGUCUGUCAGCGUAUAUCCUUUUUCUUCCUGACAAUGGUCGGCGCUAUCAUCUUCGGGUUCGUGAACCAGAGUUGCUCCGCCCGUACAAGCCGAUGGUCUGUGUUCCUGUUGUGUUUGCUCUGAUCAGUAGAUGUGUGGUUGCUUGUGGCGCUGUUUUUGCUCCUGUGCAUGCCGUGAUGCUCAUUGGACUGUGGCUGGUGGGCCUAGGGUUGUAUAAGUGCGAGGAGGCAAUGGAUAGGGAAGGGAGAGGCGGAGAGUAG